CUGGAGUCUGUUCUGGCAUUUAACCCUGUAAAUCCCGGAAAUGCAACUCAGAUUGUUAAGUUUGCCAGCCACCAGCUUUACCUGCAGAGCCGUCUUGCUGGCCUUUAAAAACACCUUUUAAAAGUAUUUAUAUGCGUUGGUGCUUUGCAUGCAUGUUUGUGAGAAUGGAAGACUUGGAGUUACAGUUUUGAGCAGCCAAGUGGGUGCUGGAAUAUGAAUCCAAGUCCUCUGGAAAAGCAGUGAGUGCUUUUAACCACUGAGCCAUUUCUCCAGGCCUUCUGAAAAAAAAUCUUUAACCACUGCUCUAGAAUUCAAGAGAGAGGCAAGGAUAACCUGAGUUUCAGGACCCAGCUGCCUCUACCUCCCAAAUAACUGACUGUAAACAGAGCGCACUUCCACGGCCCGAGCCGGACGGACUAUGCGCAUGCGCAGCUUUGGCUAGUUGUCCCCGUUUGGCGCCGCGGGCAGAGAAGACCCUGUGAGAAAUCUCCCGACGGCGCAGACUAGGCGCGCCACUUCCGGUCGAGGCUCCUAACAACGGGGGAGGCCGGUAACCAGGGAGGGGGGGAUGGCGGAGCGGGCUCCAGAGCCCGGGGCGGAGGCGGAGGCGGGCGCAGGCGGGGAGGCGGCUGCAGAGGAAGGCGCGGCAGGCAGAAAGGCGCGGGGCCGGCCGCGACUCACCGAGUCGGACCGGGCCCGGAGGCGGCUCGAGUCCCGGAAGAAGUACGACGUGCGGCGCGUGUACCUGGGAGAGGCGCACGGCCCCUGGGUGGACUUGAGACGCCGUAGCGGCUGGAGCGACGCCAAACUCGCCGCUUACCUCAUUUCGCUGGAGCGUGGCCAGCGUAGCGGCCGCCACGGGAAGCCGUGGGAGCAAGUCCCCAAAAAGCCAAAGCGGAAGAAAAGGCGGCGGCGCAACGUGAACUGUCUGAAGAACGUGGUGAUCUGGUAUGAGGACCACAAGCACCGCUGCCCCUAUGAGCCUCACCUGGCAGAGCUUGACCCUACCUUCGGCCUUUACACCACGGCCGUGUGGCAGUGCGAAGCUGGACAUCGCUACUUCCAGGACCUACACUCCCCACUCAAGCCCCUCAGUGACUCAGAGCCUGACAGUGACAAAGUGGGCAAUGGCCUGGCGGCUGGCAGCUCUGACUCAUCCAGCUCCAGUUCCAGCUCUGACUCGGAGGAGCCUCCCGAGACCCAGCCAGCCAAAGCCCCAGCUGCUGCUGCAGCUGUCACCCCCUCCAGCCCCACAGGCAGCAGUGGGCUUAUCACUCAGGAAGGAGUUCAUAUCCCCUUUGACGUCCACCACGUGGAGAGCCUGGCUGAGCAGGGCACCCCUCUGUGCCAAAACCCUGCAGGCAGUGGGCCUGAGGCCCUGGAGACGGUGGUGUGUGUGCCAGUUCCCAUGCAAGUGGGCACUGGCCCCGGCACCCUCUUUGAGAACAUGCCCCAGGAGGCCCUGGGUGAGGUAGUGGCCAGCUGCCCAGUGUCAGGCAUGGUGCCUGGCUCCCAGGUGAUCAUCAUUGCCGGUCCUGGCUAUGAUGCCCUCACAGCUGAGGGCAUCCACCUCAAUGUAGCUGCUGGCAGUGGCACUCCCAGCAGCAGCCUGGGUGAGGAGGUGUCCUGUGCCAUGAUGGAGGGUGUGGCAGCAUACACACAGACGGAGCCCGAGGGCACCCAGCACAGCACCAUGGACACCACCUCCAUAGCCAGCAUUGAGACCAAGAAAGACACGGCCCCGUGUCACCCCGUAGAGAAGGAGGACCUGUAUAUGCUCAAAGAGGAGAAAGAGGAUUCAGUGGCCCCUGAGCUGGCAGAGCUGGCAGCUACAGUGCCUGAGAAUACAGAGGCAGAGGCAGAAGUGGAUGGAGAGGAAUUGGACAGCAGUGAAAUGUCAGCCAUCAUCUACGAGAUUCCCAAGGAGCCCGAGAAGAGACGGCGGAGCAAGCGGUCACGAGUGAUGGAUGCUGAUGGCCUGCUGGAGAUGUUCCACUGUCCAUACGAGGGCUGCAGCCAGGUGUAUGUGGCUCUCAGCAGCUUCCAGGCGUCCGAGAGUUCACCUGUGAGACCUGCGGCAAGUCUUUCAAGAGAAAGAAUCAUCUGGAGGUGCACAGGCGCACGCACACUGGGGAGACGCCCUUGCAGUGCGAGAUUUGCGGGUACCAGUGUCGACAGCGUGCUUCGCUCAAUUGGCACAUGAAGAAGCACACAGCAGAGGUACAGUACAACUUCACAUGCGAUCGCUGCGGGAAGCGCUUCGAGAAGCUGGACAGUGUCAAGUUCCACACGCUCAAAAGCCACCCGGAUCACAAACCUGCCUGACUUGCCCAUGCCCGUGGACCUCAGCCUCUAUUUAUUUGUACUUUUGGACAUUAUGUCCAGACCUGUCAGAGCCCUAGACAGCCACUGGGGCUGCCCCAUCCGCAGGCCGGAAGGAGUCAUCCCUGUUCUUCCCUGGGCAGGUGCCCCACUCUGCCCCAUCCCAUCCCAUCCAUGGAGCUGGCACAUGGGACUGCACUGCUGAACUGAGUCAAGAGCGCGGAAUGAGAUUAAAGUGAAAAAGGAAUUGCCUUCCCAUAAA